GGCGGCGGCCGCUGCGCCCAGGUAAGCGGCGCGCGAGCAACCCCCCGGGGCCCGCCCGCCCGCGCCGCGCCCGCCGCCACCCUCGCCUGCUUCGGGAUCCGUUUCCCCUUCUCCGGAGCCCAGCGGCGGCGGGCACUCGGGAUAUAUUUUUACCAUCAUGGAUCGGUUUGGAGAUAUAUCAGAAGGUGAAGUGGACCAUUCCUUCUUUGAUAGUGACUUUGAAGAAACAAAGAAAUGUGAAAGUAAGUCAGUUUUUGAUAAGCAAAAUGAUGAGCAAGAAGAGAGAAUAGAUAAAGCUACAGAAAAUGAAAACUUGAAAUUUGGAAUACAAAGAAAGGAAAAUGAAAUAAAGGAGAAAAUUCUCCCAGAAGAACACCCUAUAGAAGAUGAUAAUACGCGAACCAGAAAUCCUUUAUCGUUGACCACUUCAAGAUCAAAAAAAUUGUGGGAUGCUACAAUAGGGCAUAAAAUACACUUACCCACUCCAAGUAGAAUUCCCAAAAUUAUAAAAGAAGGUGAAGAUGAUUAUUAUACAGAUGGAGAGGAAAGCAGUGAUGAUGGGAAAAAUCACAUCAGAUCCAAGUCUGCUAAACCAUCUAAUAACUUUAAAAAAAACAUAGGUAAAAAGUAUUCCAAAAGUAAUUCAUCAUCCUCCUCUUCCUCUUUGUCCUCCUCAUCUUCAAGUUCAGGUACAGAUUGUUCAGAUGCAGGGUCUGAUAUCUGUAUUUCUGAUUCAUCUCCAUCAAUAAAGAAACAUCUAUCUGGUGUAACCCACUUGUCACCAAAACAGAAAUAUAAAACAGGAAUGAAAUCGACAGGAACACAGCCUUCAAGUACUAAACCAAAAGUCAGUGACUACCCUGAGGAAUCUGAAGAUACUGUGACAGAUGUCACUCCUCUGUCAACUCCAGACAUCAGCCCGGUUCAGUCUUUUGAACUGGGAACAUCAAAUGAUCAAAAAGUAAAAGUUAAAAGGCAAGAAAACGUGAGUCAAGAAGUAUAUGGAAAUGUUGAGGAUUUAAAAAAUAAUUCAAAAUCUUUGAAAUCAACCAAAAAAGGGCAAGAAAAACAUGGGCCUGAUCUCACUUCAGAAUCUUCAGGGUUAGAUUCCAAUUUAGACCACAGAUAUAAACAAAAAGCCUUACAUGACACAAUGGACCUCAAUCAUCUUUUGAAAGCUUUUCUGCAAUUAGAUAAAAAAGGACCACAAAAACAUCACUUUGAUCAGCCUUCAGUAGCACCAAGGAAAAACUACUCUUUCACAAGAGAGGAGGUGAGACAGAUUGAUAGGGAAAAUCAGAGGCUUUUGAAAGAACUCUCAAGACAGGCUGAAAAAUCAGGAAGCAAAAGUACGAUUCCUAGAAGAUCUAUUGUUCAUCCCCCUAAGUUAUAUCAUAGUGCCCUCAACAGACAGAGGGAACAACAAAGGAUUGAAAGAGAAAAUUUGGCUUUAUUGAAAAGGCUUGAAGCUGUGAAACCAACAGUUGGUAUGAAACGCUCUGAACAGCUGAUGGACUAUCAUCGCAAUAUGGGUUAUCUCAGUUCAUUACCGUCCUCAAGAAGAGUGAGAUCAACUCUUGGCCAGUAUAGCCCCUUGAGAGGAGCUUCUAGAACAUCCAGUGCUACCAGUGGUCUCAGUUGUAAGAGUGAGCGACCAGUUUUUGACACAUCCAGUGGCCUGUUGCUAAGACCUAAGCCCCCUAAUGUUCGUACGGCUUGGUUAUAAAAACUUUUUACUUUAGGCAUUGUUCAUCCAGUUCUUAUUGAAGUGCUCUUGUAUAUUACUAUAAUUCUCUGUGUAAACAUCUCUAAUUUAAGAUCUACAACGAGUUGUAAUUUUAUUGUAAUUCAGUGCAAAAUUGUUUUCAAAAAGGCAAUUUAAUGUAAAAUCAGUGUUUCCAAUGAGGAUGUAUUUCUGUGAGGUAUAUAUGUAUUUGAUAGAGAAAUGGUAGUAUACAUGUAUAUUUUCUCAGCAUAGAAAUUGACGCACAUCAUAGAAACUGACAAAACAGUUGUGAUAAUAUCACUGCACUUUGGACCCAAGAAGUUAACUAUAUUCUUGUUUUAUGUGUUUUUUUAUAAGCUUUAAACCAUGAGCAUAGCUCCUAAAUUUGACUUUGUUUUCACUUUGCUCUAGAAUUUAGGUGGUAUAACUCAUAAUUUGAUUGUAAGACUUGAUCAUACACUUUCUUAUUAUGAAACAAAACUUGAAAUUUGUUUUCAUUGGUGGAACUGAUUUAGAUUUGUUGAGCAGAUUGAAAGAAGCUUGUACUAGGGCAGUCCUUGUGAUUCACCAAAGGCAUGUACUACCUCUGUAUAAGUGUGCUGAGUUAGAUCUUAAAAAUGUGAUCAGCCAUUCCAGACCAUUUCAGACUGUGAGUAUUAGAAAGUUCAACUAGGAAGACCCUCUUUCAUAUUCUUACACAUUCAGGUAAAAUACCACUAAUGAUUCUGAGAAAUGAGGUAGACUUUGGAGCUAUAGUCCACUACAUUAUAAAUAGGUUGGCCAAGGACCAGAUCACCGUAAGCAAAAGCAAAUAUUUGUUGAGCAAAAUAGCAUCACCAGUUUGAAAAGCCAAGAAGCAAAUCCUGAUUUAUGUCAGAAUAGUGUUUUAAGUGAUACUGUUAACAGUUGUGUUAUGUUUAGUGUUUACUGUAUUAAGAGAGAAGAUAAAUAAGAAAGAAAUGAUCUUGAAGCUUUAGAGAUUCCAACUACUGUUUUUAAGGGCUGAGGAAGAAAACUAAAAUAUGAAUGGUAAAGGGAGAAAUAUUACACAUUUGUUGAGGCUACUUUAAAUGUCAUCUAAUUUUAUUGUUUGGUUUGGGGUUUUGGGUUGAAUCUUGGAAGUACCAUUUUUGCCAAUCCCAUUUUUGAAAUCCUAGUAAUUAAUCUUCAUGGAAUUAGUAAUGGUGAAUAGGGUGUCAGAGUUGACUUCUGAAAUUAGAGUAUUUUUCUGUCAGUCUCUGGGCUCUCAUUUCGUACAACAAAGUGUAUCUCAGUUGUGAUUGCUUCUGUUGUCUUAGUCAUCACUUGUUCAUUAAGGCUUUUUCAUUGUACCUUUAGAAUGUAUCAGAAAGUUUCCAUAUUAAAUGCUGAAUCUUUUUUUAAUAGGAAUUCUUGAUCUGUAGCCACAAUAUUUGUUGUUUAUUUUUCCAGGUUAGCUCAAGCUUUAUUGCAUGUUUGCUGAACUUACCUUUCUCACCACCUUGGGCAGUAAACCAAACUGCAUUUUGCUAACUAUCAGUUCAGAAUUUCUUGGUCUUAAGUUGAUAUUGAUAGAUUUUUGUCUAGGAUAGAGCCUGUAAAGUGUGGGAACAGUGCUGUUACAGAAAACUCAUGUGAACACAGCCUGGCUAUGAGGGUUUUUUUUUUUUUUUUUUUUUUUUUUUUUUUUUUUUUUUUUUGCUGCUUUCUUUAUGCUGUGAUGUUCAUUCAUUGUUAUUUGAUUCACUGUUCUUGUGACCAAGUUCUUAGAUCUUUUAGUGCUCUGCUUUAUUUAUUAACAUUAGUUAUACUAAACCCAAGGGUAUUUUGUUUGGUUGUGUUUUUAGCUUACUGCACUUUUGAUGUUUGUAUAAUAUAGCUUAUCUUUAAGAAGAGAUAAGAUAAUGCUGAAUUUAAAACUCGGCAUUUGGACACCUGCCUGAUACUGUAAGCCAGUUUUUAAAAAUUGAGUUUAAGUUGUUAGGGAAAUAGAUAUAUAUAUGAAAACUUGAGAACCUUUUAUGUUCAUAAUGACUUUAGUCUCUUAAUAUAUUUUAUACAGCCUUUGCUGUCCUAUGUCAGUGUAUAACACAUAAUUUUAUAGAUAAAGCUAUACUUUGAUUUUAGAUACUAAUUUAAUGCCUUUAGUUUUUACUGCUUUGACCAGGGGAAGGUGGGGGUUUCAUCUAAGUAUUGCUGAUAGCAGGGAUUCAACUUGAAGUAAGCAUUGGGAAGAACAACAAUAUUCUUUUCAAAGCAAAAUUUACAAUUCUGUUGUAAUUAUUACUCUAUAUGAUAAGUAAAAAUAGAAGAGUAGGAGUUGAAUAUGCUAUUCUCUGAUUAAGUCAAGGUACUUGGAAGUUGUUACGGUUUAAGGGAUGCUUUUAUGAAGGAAUCAUAAGUAUACUGUUUUCAUUUUCAAGAACUUUAAAAAGGUAAAGGAUCAUCUAGCACUACUAUAUAUUUAGUUCACUUGGACCUAAUGGAUAUACUUUGAAGAUUUACGUCUGCAACUAGAAAUUAUACUAAUCCAAGAUCUAAAAUUAUUAGGCAAGAUUCUUAUUGAGAAUUAUUUUCAUAUCUGUCAAAUGCUAAACUAAUGUUGCCUCCAUUUUAAUAAGAUUUUAUGAAGGAUUUUGAACUCUUAUUUCCUAAGGGAUAACUGUUAUCUCACACUUUCCCUACUUUUUUCAAUCUCCAUUAAAAAACUGCAUUCUUGGCUACCACAAAUAAAAUUUUUCUGGUCUGCUUUUAAAUGUAGUGUAAUGUAGUUGUUUUCAAACCAUUAACCCCAAUGUCCAAAAAGUGGAUAUCUAGACAACUUUAAAAAGAGGUCAUUGUGAUGCUUGUGUGCUUCUCAUCUUCAGAUUCAAAUACUGCACACUAUGAAAAGUAUGACCAAUAUAAAGUUGGAGAUACAAGUUGAAUUUAUUAUAUUUUAAUUAAAUUCAUUAAAUGUUUACUAUUUUAAAUGCCAAAAAUCUUAAGCUAUGCCUUAUUGUAUACCAUCCUAAAAAAUGUUUAUAAUGGUAAUGGCUACUUUAUUUCCAUGAAUAAAAUUAGUAAUAAACUUAAAAAUCCACAUCUUUUUUUUUUAAUUUCCCAAUAUGUUACGUAUUUUAGGCCUGAAGAAUUAGCUUGACAUAGUGAAGAAAGAAAUAAAAGAAUUAAAGAUAACUUAGUUUUGAUACUAUACCCCAUCUCUCAAAUGAAUUUUCCUUUAUUUUCCCGUAACUGCCAAAUGCAUUUUCUUUUUCUCAUUUUAAAAAUUAGAAUAAUAAUUUUAUGUGCCUCACAAGCCUAAGAAUUAGAAUGAAGUUGGAAGGAGGGUAUUAGCUAUUUAUAUCUUUGAAAGUAUGACACUUAUAUGGGAAAGAGUUUGCUUAUAAUUACAUUGUUGGUCAUCAUCUCUUCAAACCAUAUCCAUCUAAUUUGUUCUGCAAACUUGCUUUGAUGGUGCGUUGGAUACUCUUACAGCCUCAUGGAAUGUUUUCUUUUUUUUCCAAGUGUCCACAUGAGCAUUUCAUAUGCAUCAUGAGUGAUACGAAAUACCCUUUUUAAAACUCUGUGCUAAACAUCAGUUUAGAAAAUUUUUUGAUGAGGAUUUAAUAAUGAUGCCAUUGAAGUAAAUCACUGAGUAGUUCCAGCAGUAGUAUAUUGAACUCCCAACUGCGAACUUCAAGGAUGCUUAGAGCAAAUAAGAUUACAUCAUAGCAGAAAGUUUUAUUCGAUUUUAAAAUUCUGGUGACUAUUUUUUAAGACACUGGGAGAUAUUUCUGGGAUGAUACAGUCUUCAUAUUCUGCGCCUCUUUCAAAGUUUGCUUUGUAAGUUCGGGUAAGUUGCACUAUUUGUUCUAGAUGAUGUUUUUAAGGUUUUAUUUACUAUUUUACAAAGUAAAACUUAAGAGGUAACAUGUCAUUAGUUUACUUUAACAAGACAUGGGGUUUUUUCCUAGGAACCUAGUUUCACAUCUGCUAUUAAAAAAAUUAAGAUAGUCCCCAAAAAAACUAUUGAAAACCAUGGUUCCAAAUUCUUCCACUAAUUUAUAUUAUUACAGUGAUGGUCUUCACCAAAAAUCACAUUUAUUUCAUGUAUUAGAAAUUAUAACUGAACUCCAAGUUUGAAGUAUGCUUUGUGGGUUUUUUUUCUUUAUUUCAUUCUGAGAAUGUUUUAUUUCAUGAGGUAAAUACCUAGUACUAAGUAAAUAUAUCUUCUUUGCAUGUAGUUAUGUAUACUGACUAGAAAAACCUAAAUCCACCAUUAACUUGAGAAGAUUUAAUUUUAUUUUGGGGAAUGUGAGAGGGAAAUGAGAAUGGCCUUCCAAAGAUAAAUGUACACUUCAUAUAUUGUUACAAAGCAAACAUCUGCGUCACCACUAACCAGAUCCAGAGUGGGAAUAUUGCCAGGACUCACAAGAUCCCUGGGGGCUCCCUCCCCAUCAUAACGCUUUUUGUCUGCCAAAAGGUAACUACUAUCUAAACUUCUAAUACUCUUGUAUAGUUUUGCCUGUUUUUUAUUGUCAUACAAAUAGAAUUAUUUGUGUCUGCCUGCUUUUGCUGAA